AUGUUUAGGCUCUCAGAAGAUGGACUUUCUUAUCUUAUUCAGGGUUGCAAUUGUCAGACCCCUCUGACUGAUCUCAACAAGGCAAAGCUUCUAUUUAGUUAUGGGGGAGAUCUCCAACUUACAAAUUGCGCAACUUUCUUGGUUGCUGAUGCUGCAAUUGAUGAAGUGCUCAGGAAGUUGAAGGUCAUAUUAUUGACAGCUAACAGAGUGCUGAAUGAUGCUGAGAGUAAACAAAUCACUGACAAAGAUGUGAGGCAGUGGCUUCAGGAGCUCAGAGACGAAAUCUACAAUGAAGAGGACAUGGUACGCAACUCUCAGCCAUCUAGAGUCAAUGUUAAGAAAGUAGAAGAAAGGAUAGAGAAGGUCCUUAGCACGCUGCAGUUUCGUCUUCUGGAUCAAAAGGAUGGUCUUCGUUUGGUCGAAGGUGUUGAAACCAGACCUUUCCAAAGGAUAUCUGAAGCUACUUUGGUUAAAGAAUCUGAUAUUUAUGGGAGGGUUGGUGAUAAGGAAGCCAUCAUGAAGUUGCUGUUAUCUAAUGACGAACACUGUGACAAUAAAGUAUGUGUAAUUCCCAUUGUCGACAUGGGUGGGAUCUGCAAGACUACCCUUGCUCAGCUUGUUUACAGGAACAUUGAUUACAAGGUUAUGGAGAGACCUUUCAAUGUCAAAGCAUGGAUCAGAGUUUCUGAUGAACAUGAUGAAUUCACCUUAACAAAGAUUAUUUAUGAGGCAAUCACUCAAUCAGUAAGCUGUGGUAUCAAGGAAACAUUUCAACUUCAAAAUAGAUUGGAGCAGUUUUUAAAAGGCAAAAAAUUUCUAGUUGUUCUUGAUGAUGUGUGGAAGGUGAAUAAUCAAAUAUGGUGUGCGUUAAUGGUUCCAUUUGAAUCUGCCGCACAUGGAUGUAAGAUCAUCAUGACAGCACGCAAUAAAAACAUUGUUUCAAAGAUUGAUAAUGUCCAAAAGCAUGACUUGCAAAUAUUUUCAGAGUGA